CCAUCUGCCGCAGCUCACUCAAAUCUCGAAGCAACCCGCGCGCUGUGGGCGAUCAACCCUUCGAACCCGGUAGCUGCAACCCAGAGUUCGUCAAGACGACUCUGAAACCAUGUCCACGGCAGCGUCAGUAGCAUCCGAGUCGCAAAGGCCGUCAGCAUCAUCGGCCCAGCGUACACAAGAGGCAAAAGAUGCAUUUACGGCUUCGCUGAACGCUGUGGGAGCCAGCAUUGAUGCCGAGCUGCACGCUCGCGCAAAGAACAUCCAUUCCAAUGCAAAGGCUCUAACAAAACAGGAGGACGACGUGCGGAAGGAGACAAAAAGCCUGGCCAAAGAGAACGAUUCUCUACAGAAGCUGCUUGACAAAACCAACAAGGAGGUCCAGAGUUUGGGCGACUUGGACGACAUCAUGGCGAACUUGGACGCGGAUAUGGCCAUGAUUGAGGAAACCCUCCGACUGGUGGAGGAAGAUGAAGACGAACAUGCUCGGAAGAGUAACGAUUCGGAAAGCAACAACUGACCAUGGCUACAACAUUCCUUAUAUUGUGCUUCGAAGUGCCAUUUUCUCCGAUUGCCGAGGAAUAUAGUGGACAUGUUAUGGCUAUCUUUGCAGCUCUGUGCUUCGAUAAAUUUACAUUGGCUGAACCCGUUCGCACAGAAAUUGGCGUGCUUUUCGACCUUUGGGACAGGCAACUGAAUAAAUUGGACUUUGUCGCAUGUUA